AUGCAUAUUUCACACGCCGGUCAUCAAAUGAUUCAUGAUACACAUGAGGCUGCGGACCGAGCGAAGCUAAUCCCAUAUCCAGACACGUAUCGUGGCAACUCACCCCUUAAAUAUGGCGAAGGUUCGGUUGAGCUUAGACGAGGAAAACAGAUGUUCUUGAGUCUUCCACAGCAUAUUCUACUCAGCACUUUCCCAAGUGGCGCAACUUAUAAAGAUGAAAGAUAG